GAAGAAGAAGAAACGGAACACUUUAACGACACAAGUUCCACCCGGAAACAAACCGUAUUACGCAUGUUACAGCAAACGAACUCCCAACGUUUGAAAAAAUCUGCCUAAAGGCUUCGUUUAAAGGUGGUGGUGUAUGGAGUUUAUGAAUGUUCGCUCAAUAGGUGAACAGCAGCAGUCUGUGUUUUACAUUUCGAGGCGAAAUGCUCUGGACAUGAACAGCUCAUUUCAACCGUGAGACAGACGCCAGUGUUUAAAUUUCCCUGCUGGAUUCGGUGUGUUGUUCUCAACCAGACAUGGCGGGCAGCAGUGGUGUGGACAUGGAUCCAGAUGUCGCUCUGAGGCUGUUUGAGGAAGGAGCUACCCUGGUCCUGCUGGGUGUUCCUCGGGGCACAGAGCUCGGGAUUGACCUCAAGAGCUGGCAGGUGGGUCCUCGCUUCCGAGGAGUGAAGAUGAUACCCCCGGGUCUCCAUUUCCUCCACUUUUGUUCCGCUAACUCUCCAAGCUGUGGUGGAGAAAUUGGUCCCAAAUCAGGCCUCUUCCUCACUCUUAAACCCAGAGAGAUUCUGCUGGCCCACUGGGACCCCAAAGAAGAAGAUCUGGACUUCUCAGCCUCCAAGAAUGACGAGGAGGUAAAUCGGAUCCGGGACACGUUGCGAGAGCUGGAUUCUUACUUGGGUCCCUAUCCAUUUGAGGUGAUGAGGAAGUGGGUUUCCCUCACUGACCAGAUCAGCCAGGAGCUGGCUGUUAACUUGCAGCCUCUCUCAGGUCGAGUGUGUGCUUUCAGUGAUAUCAUUCCUGAGGUGCAGUUCAGACACACCAAGGACCGGGCAGAGCAACCAAGGAAUGACACAGCCUGUCAAAGCAUGAAAGAGGGACUCGACAGGCUUCCAAAGAUGAAGCAGAGGGAGGGCACAGAGUUGCGCUUCUCAGUUAUUCCUAAGAAGACCUACCCUCCUGGAGCUUCUCCUGCAGAGAUCACCCGAUGCAGCAUGGACCUGAGUUACUCACUGGAGUCGGUGCUGGAGCAGAACUACCCAGAGCAACCUCUUAACCUGCUUGGUGAGCUGCAGUUUGCAUUUGUGUGUUUCCUGGUUGGAAAUGUGUACGAGGGCUUCGAGCACUGGAAGUGCCUCCUGGCUGUGCUGUGCCGCUCGGAGGAGGCCAUGAGGAGGCGGAAGGAGCUCUAUCUGGGGCUCAUCACUGUGCUCUACCACCAGCUUGGAGAAGUACCCCCCGACUUCUUCGUUGACAUCGUUUCACAGAACAACUUCCUCACUAGCACACUGCAGGAUUUCUUCCAGUUUGCCACCGGAACUGGUGUGGACAGCACCCUUCGAAAGAAAGCAGAGAAGUUCAAAGUUCAUCUGACCAAGAAGUUCCGCUGGGAUUUUGACGCAGAUUUGGAGGACUGUGCUCCGGUGGUGGUGGAGCUGCCUGAAGGCAUCACAGUGGACUGAAAUGGCUCUCUUUUGAAAAUGCAUCAUAUCAAUGUUUUUUGUUCUUUUUAAAUAUUGUGUGCUGUGUGACAUCUAUGAAAAAGGGCAGUUUGUACUGUUGAUGUGAAAAAGCAAACAUCAUUAAAUCAGCUGUAUUGUUACAGUC